CUUUCCCCUGAAAAGAGCUGGCAAGACUGAGAGUGAGGGCGGACAGAAACACCGCCUCCUCGGUCACUACACACACCACAGGAAAAGCCUGAGAACAGCAGCAGAGUCGGAACACACACUAAAGACAAACCGACUUCAGCACCAAGAUUCUGUGUGAUGCACAUGACGAUGACUUAAAAGAUGUCUACUGCCAUUUUGAAAAUCGUCAUCACCCUGACCUUGACUGGCUCUAUCCACUGCGGUAAGGUCCUGGUGUUCCCUCAUGAUGGCAGCCACUGGGUUAACAUGAAUGUAUUGAUACAAGAGCUGCACAACAGAGGUCACCAUGUCACGGUCAUCCGCGCAGCUGAUAGCUGGUACAUCAAAGAGCAGUCACCCUACUACCACUCCAUAACCGUUGACUUCUCAGUGGGGGGAGACGAAGCUUUCUUCAAAACCUUUGUCUCCAGACAGCUACAGAUUCGACGAGAAAGAAGCUCACUUUGGGCUCAGUUCAGUCUGGACAUGGAGCUGGCAGACAAGUUUUCCGAAAUGCACAGAAAGAUAUGUGAAAUGGUCAUCCACAUAAUCGAGGAUCCCAAAUUGAUCAAUUCCAUCAGAGAAGCGGAGUAUGACGUGAUGCUGACAGACCCUGCGAAUGGUGGAGGAGUCGUGCUUGCACAUUAUCUGCGCUUACCGCUGGUUUUUAACGUCCGCUGGACGGUACAUGGAGAGGCACACUUUGCAAUUGCGCCUUCGCCCUUAUCGUACGUUCCCUUUCCUUUAUCCCUGUUAACAGAUAGGAUGACUUUUUUUCAAAGGGUAUAUAACAUGAUCUUCUACCUCAGACUCUUCUUUUACAAGCGCAUUGUAGGUCCUCAUUACAGUGCUUUGUGUAACCGCUACUUUGGUCCAGAUGUGGACUAUUUCGAAUUAUUCCAGGCAGCCGAUAUCUGGCUUAUGAGAGUCGAUUUUGUGUUUGAGUUCCCUCGCCCGACGAUGCCCAACUUCGUUUACAUGAGUUGCUUCCAAUGCAAACCACCAAAAGCCCUUCCGGAUGAUUUGGAGGACUUUGUGGAAAGUUCUGGAGAGCACGGCAUUGUCAUUGUAUCAUUGGGAACGCUGGUUGGACAGCUUCCUGAUGAUAUAGCCGACGAAAUGGCUGCCGCUCUUGCUAAGCUCCCUCAAAAAGUGAUCUGGCGAUACUCAGGGAAGAAACCAUCCACUCUCGGGAACAACACCAUACUCAGGGACUGGUUGCCACAGAAUGAUCUUCUUGGACAUCCCAAGACAAAGGUUUUUGUGAGCCAUGGAGGAACGAAUGGGAUUUUAGAAGCUAUUUAUCACAGUACUCCAAUCGUUGGCCUACCUCUGGUUUUUGAUCAACAUGACAAUCUCUCGAGGAUGAAAUAUAAAGGUGUAGCACAGGUCAUAGAUAUAGCCACUUUAAAUCAAAAUGUGUUUCUUGAGGCUAUACAGGAAGUCAUAAACGAGCCUUCCUACAGUAUAAACAUGAAGAGGCUGUCCAGGCUUCUUAGAGACACACCUGUACAACCUCUGGAUAAUGCCAUGUUCUGGAUUGAGUUUGUUAUGAGACACAAAGGUGCUGCUCAUCUACGAACAGAUUCUUACAAAAUGCCUUGGUACGUUUACCACAGUGUCGAUGUUAUAGCGUUUUUACUCUUAGUUGCAUCAGGUACAAUUUUCCUAAUCUUUGCUGUAAUCCGAUACAUAUGCUGCAGGGCAUGUAAAACAAUCUAUACAGCAAAACAGUCUUGUUUUCAAAUACCACUAAAUACCAAGUUAGGAAUUAGUUAGGAAUUAGGAAAAUUGCAUUCAUGGACAAUGAACAAAGUGCAGAGGCCAAAUUUUUAAUCAGUACUACACUGGUGCCUGUAAGUAGAUGAGUUUUUACCUAAUCAAGUGGUGAAAAUCUAUUGUUGUGUAUUCAGUCUUGUCUGAGUGAAAGGAAAAAUAUGUUACUUAUGCCACUAAGAACAUGUAAAAGCAGUAAAGAACAUUUUGCUGUGUACAUCUUUUUAUUAGAGUUAAAAAAAAAACAGACAAUAGUAGAUCUGAUGUCAUGGCAAAUUGGUAUAACUUGUGACAUUUAUAUGCCAAUUAAGAGAUCAGUAAGAUUUAUGCAGCUUUAUUUAAGUAAUUAGAUGGAAAAAUCUUUUUCAUUGUAAAUAGUCAAAUUUAUAUAUCUUAUACCGCAGUGCUGUUGCAUUCUCAAAUCUUAUUGGUCAAAAGAUGUUGAUUUUUUUUUUUUUUGACAAAUGUAUAAAUUUUCAAAUCACUGGUUUAUAUUUUGUAAUAAUGCACUCAUUCUAAUACUAUAGUUUCCAUAGUAAGAACUUAUACAGAGACUUGAUAAUAUGAUGGAGUUCUCUUUGUGAGGAGAUGUUUAUUUAGCAUUUUUUGGAAGGAGUCUCCAGUUUUAGAGCUCUGUAACAGUCGGAGGUAAAGCUGUAACUUUUAGGAACAUGAUGAGCUGCAGUUUUUUGGCUAAUUAACUUCAAGA